AGUGAUGGCAGUAACAGAGAAUCAUCCAGUUUACCCUCCCUUAGAUGGGUCUGUCCUCAUCACAGAUGUCGUAGAGCAUCAUUUUCAGCACAAUCCAGCCCAAACGUUCUAUGCUUUCCCUGAAGAAAAUGGUGGUGGAGAUAAGGUCAUCGAGAUCAAUUUUCUCGAGUUUGGACGAGCUGCCCAUCGAGCUGCUCGUUUGCUUCGGGAUAGUACCGCUGGAGGUAUUGGGCAAGUGGUGGCCAUUGUUGCUGUUAUUGAUAUUGUGCACUAUCAGACUGUGCUAAUGGGCCUGAUCAAGGCGGGGUUUGUGCCGUUCCCUAUCUCGCCACGCAACCCUCCAGCUGCCAUCGUCAAUCUUUUGAAGCGUACUUCUUGUCACCACAUGAUAAUGACGCAGCAACCCCUCCAUGCUCUUUUAAAUGGCAUCAAAUCAGAACUCGGGAGUGCUCAGUCAGGUCCCGAGGCCUCUACUUUUGACUUGACUGUUCAAGAUGUACCGAGUUUCGCAGACUUAUACCCCAAACUUGGCUGUGAAACUGAGUCUGAUCCAUUCGAGCCUGUUCCUCCGGUUCCAGCUCGCCUUAAUGACGUGGCGUUAUAUUUGCAUUCGUCAGGAAGCACCGGAUUUCCUAAACCCAUACCUCAAUCUCAUCUGGUCGUCUUGCAUUGGGCGUCAUGCUUUUUCCCCCCUACAGCUACACUGGAAAGUGGACGACCCAUCAUACCUGACCCCGUAAAUAUCCUCAGAUAUGCGGAAAAGACGAAAGCGAAUACGCUUAUGGUGGUUCCUACAUUCCUCCAGUUAUGGUCAGAAUCACCUGAGGCGGUAGAGUAUCUGAAAGGUUUAGAGUUUGUUGCCUUUGCAGGUGGAGCUCUAGCUCCAAAGGUCGGCAAUGCACUUGUUUCUGCAGGCGUACGACUAAGCCCUAUCUAUGGAGGCACCGAAUUCGGUGCGCCUGCAGACUGCUUCCCGAGAAAGGGUCAACCGAUCAUCUGGGAUUGGGAGUGGAUGAAGUUCACAGCUAUGACCAACAUCAGGUGGAUCCCGCAAGGCGAUGGUACUUACGAGUGCCACGUUCUGACUUGUAAAACUCACCAGCCAGCAAUUGAAAAUUUGCCAGAUGUCAAAGGGUUGGUUAUCAACAGUGUCGGUCGCGCCGACGACGUCAUCAUCCAUGCUUCAGGCGAAAAGACCGUCCCCGCACCGAUGGAAAACAUAAUCAUGACAGGUCCAUUUGUAAAAGGUGCCUUGAUGUUUGGGAGAGAGCAGAACCAAGCUGGGAUUUUAAUCGAAACAAGUGACGAGAUAGAUUUCAACGACAAUAAUCAGAUAGAAGAAAUGAAAAGCAAGAUCUGGCCAACAAUUGAGGAGGCGAACAAGGGCGCCCCGGCUUUCAGUCGGAUAUUCAAAGAGAUGAUUUUGUUCGCUCAUCCUGAUAAAUCUCUGCCACGCGCUGCAAAGGGUAGCAUCAUGAGAAAGGCCUCGCUCAAGCUAUAUGAACAAGAGAUCAAGGCACUGUAUGGUCUAGUUGAAGUAGGUGCCUCGGAUUCAGUCACUAGUAUUCAAUACGCCCCGGAGUCCUGGUCUUUCGAUGCCGUGGAGAAAUGGCUGGGCGAAGUGGCCCAGAAUCUAGGUUCUGGUACUAAGGUUUCCUUAGAAGAUGAUCUCUUCAUGCAAGGAUUUGACAGCUUGAGCGCCUCGUCAUUGAGGGGACGUAUAAUACGUGGUUUGCGAUCCAGUUGCGAUGCCUCCACGAAAGAACUGGCAGAUCACAUCAAGCAAAAUAUUGUUUAUGCCCACCCCACAAUCAAGUCCCUAUCACUUCACCUUGUAAGCCUCGUGACCGAUCCCACAAUGAUAUCUACCACUGGUUCGGAGGAGAAGGAGCGGAUUGAGAAGAUGAUAGAAACAUAUACUUCCGGUAUCAAGAAGAUCGUCCCUAAGUCAUUAUCAGACCCCAAGGCACUCCCCAGUGCUGUAGUAUUGCUUACAGGAUCGACUGGCGGCCUCGGCUCUUUCAUUCUAGCAAACUUGCUUGGGCGGAAGGAUGUAGAGCGCGUGUAUGCCUUCAACAGGCCGUCUGCGGAGGUGUCUGUUGCAGACCGACAGAGGAGAGCCUUUGAAGACCGAGCCCUAAAUACCGACCUGCUAGCCUCUGAAAAACUCGUUCUUGUGACAGGGAAUGCCAUACAGUCGGCAAAUUUGGGUCUAGAUCCAGUUUUGUUAGAGCAGAUCCGCUCGACAGUUACAACCAUAAUCCACAACGCCUGGAGACUCGACUUCAAUCUGUCUUUGUCAUCGUUUGAGCCCAAUGUAAAGAGUAUACGCCACUUGAUUGAUUUUGCCAUCAGUUCAGCCAAUGCGUCAGACUUAAGAUUCGUAUUUGUGUCUUCUGUGGCUUCGGUUCAAUCAUGGAAUACCCAGAACGGCAAAGUACCGGAGGAAGCUGUGGAGAGUGUUGAGGCGGUCGGCCCUGGAUAUGGAGAAAGUAAAUUUGUCGCAGAACAGAUGCUGACUAGAAGUGGUUUGGCUGCUUCUUCCGUAAGAGUAGGUCAAAUAUGCGGUGGUCCGCCGAAUGGUAACUGGUCGACGACAGAAUGGCUGCCGAUUCUUGUCAAAACGAGCAUCACUCUGGGGGCUCUUCCCAUUGCUCUAGGGGCUGUUUCUUGGGUACCAGCAGCCACGGUUGCACAAGCCAUGAUUGACGUUGCCUUUUCUGAGAAAUCGUCUCCAGGUCUAAUCAACUUAGUGCACCCUCGACCUAUGUCCUGGAACAUUAUCAUGGACAACAUUGCCACUCACCUCAAGGAUGCCAGCGUGGUGUCAGAGCCAAUUUCCUUGAUCCCUUUCAAUGAGUGGUGUUCAAAGUUAGAGCAUCAUGUGGCACAAAACCAAGACAUCGAUCUGGCGAAACUUCCUGCCAUAAAAUUGCUGGAUUUCUUCCGUGGACUGAACAAGUCGAACGGGUUGGCCGAGAAAGAUGACGACUUGUACGCUGAAGCAUUUGGGUUUCCUGCAUUUAUGGCGCAGAAGAUCCAGUCUCUAAGUCCUGCAGUAGCGGCUCUUAGGCCAUUGAAUCAUGAUAAUGUGAUACAAUGGAUCGAUUACUGGAAAAGCCAGAAAUAUAUUUGAGAAUGCCUACAGUUUGUGUUGUUCAAGUUCAAGUCCCUCUCGAGCCCGCGGUCAUGCACAGUGUUACUAUCAUUCAAACAACUGUUGACUCGUUAUGGUGGUGUACACUAGUUAUUGAUGAAUUCAGUCCUCGUUUGAUGUA